CUACUACACUGGACGUGUACAGUACCACACUGAAUCUAGUGUCACUGCUGCCUUCCCACAGUUCAGCGAGAGUUCCCCGUAUUAAUCAAAGAUGGAGAGUUUGAGCCGUGCUAAUAGCGCCUUCGCCCUGGACCUGUACCGGGCCAUAAGCGCAGAGAACCCGAAUGGAAACCUGUUCAUUUCCCCGCUGAGCAUCAGCGCUGCACUCAGUAUGGUCUACUUAGGAGCCAGAGGAGGGACUGCUGAGGAAAUGGCUCAGGUUCUGUCCUUCAGUUCAGUCUCUGAUGUUCACACCCACUUCAAGACCCUUAACUCUGCCAUUAACAGCCCCAAAGCGUCCUACAUCCUCAGACUGGCCAACAGGCUUUAUGGAGAGAAGACUUUCAAUUUUUUAUCUGAAUAUUUGGACUCCACUCAGAAGUUCUACCACGGUGACAUGCAGGCAGUAGACUUUAUUGGAUCAUCAGAAGAGUCACGGAAGCUCAUCAACCAGUGGAUAGAAGAGAAGACUGAGGGUAAAAUUAAAGAUAUUUUGCAGCCAGGGACGAUCACUACAAUGACUCGACUUGCCCUGGUGAAUGCGAUUUAUUUCAAGGGAAAAUGGAAGCACGUGUUUAAUACUAAAGACACUAAAGAGAUGCCCUUCAAGAUAAACCAGAAUGAGACAAAACCAGUGCAAAUGAUGUACAAGAAGGAGAAAUUCCUCUUCAACUACAUUGAUGAGUACAAGCUGCAGGUGCUGGAUUUGCCAUAUGUGGAGGAUGAACUCAGCAUGGUGGUGCUUUUACCUGAGGAGUCUGUGGAUGGCUCAGACCCACUUAAAAAGCUGGAGAGUGAACUAACAGUGGACAAGCUGAUGGAGUGGACAAAUCCAGAGAAGAUGGACAGAUCAACUGAUAUUGUUGUCCAUUUGCCCAAAUUUAAGCUGAAAGAGCAGUACUCUUUAACAGGUAUCCUGAGUAAGAUGGGCAUGAGCUCUUUGUUCCAGGCCGGUGCUGCAGAUCUGACAGGCCUGAGCCGUCAUCAAGGCCUUUUUGUGUCAUCGGUGAUCCACAAAGCUUUUGUCGAGGUUAAUGAGGAAGGCACAGAGGCAGCAGCAGCCACAGUCGUAGCGAUUGCAUUUUGUAUGUUACGAGAGGAGCACUUCAUGGCAGACCACCCCUUCCUAUUUUUCAUCAGACACAACCCUACUAAAAGCAUUCUCUUUUUUGGGAAGUUUAAAGGCCCACAGUAGAGUUGUACCGUACAAACAAUGAUGAACAAUGCUUGUUUAAAUGUGUGCAUCAAUAAAAGGUAACAUAAUGUGCAAAAACAAUGUGUUAAAUGUAUUUGAUUUCACUUUUGUAUAAUGUACAUUUCUUUUACAUUUUGACUAGUUCUACAAGCAUAAGUCAAAAAUUAUCUGCACGCUGGUUGUACAAUUUAUUUUCCACAAACUUUCAUAUUCAUCCUAAUAAAAAUGCUAUGAAUUUA